CUUACAACUAUAUAUAGCACAAUUUAUUUCUCUUAACGCCAAAUAAAUAUAAAGGAAACGCAAAAAGCCUAAAAUAUUCAAUAUUUUUCUGAAUUUUCUAUCUGCAUCCAUUAAUAAUAAAGAAAAAAAAAACUAAAAGAAGAACUAAUCAAAAAAAUAUGACCGAUUCAACAAUGACUGCUUCAGCCGAACGUUGUGUUUUGUGUUUAGAUCAAAAACGUUCACCGGUGCGUAUACACUGUGGUCACUCAUUUUGCUAUGGCUGUCUGGAUGUUUAUAAAUCCUAUAAAAAAUAUCCCUGGGCUAAUAAGUGUCCCAUAUGCCGAGAUGCGUUAAAGGAAAAGAAAACGACUAAACGUAAAUAUUCCGAAAUUACUGCAACACAAGAUACAAAUUCUACCCUGACGGCCACUCAAUCGAUUCCCCCCGAACAAAUUUGUAUUUUGGAAGAAUUUAUGGCUUUAGCCUCAGACUAUGAUAAUAAUGGAGAAAAUCCAGAUAAUACCCGGCAAUAUAUAGAUUUGGAUGAAUAUGAAGGUGAAGUCGAUACUAUUCAUGAUCUAACCGGAGAUGAUGAUGAUAAUUACGAGGAAGAUGAGCGGACAUAUUCUGAGAAUAAUAGUUAUGAAGAAGAAUUAGAUUUCUAUACUGAUACCGAUGAUGAGGAGGAAGAUGAUGAUGAUGAUGAUAAUUACUACUGUUUUGCCGAAGAUGAACCUGGGGUUAGUAGUGAAGAGUUUGUUGGUUUUCAGGAAGCGUCGGGCACUAUGACGAGAGAUUGCAAUAAUACUGAUAUAGAUUGGGAGACUGUUAUUGGAUCGGAUGUUAUAAUUAUUGAUUAGUUGUGAAUUGUUUUCUUAGAGAUGUUUUGUGUUAACAUAGUUGUAUUUUUAAAUUGUGAGUUUUAAGUUGAUUUUUAUUGUAAUUUUCUUUUAUAUUUUGGUUUAAUAAAUUUUAGAAAA